GUACUCAAUGGUCUUGAAGGUAUUGAGAAUUACCUUAAAAUCUUUGAUUCAGAAGGCUUACAUUUGCCUAUCUUGCCAAUGAAGUAUAAGGAAUUACAGGAAGAAAUUAAAGGUUACACAGUGACUACCUUGCAAAAGGGACAAACUUUAGUUAAUAAAGCCGGUUCUCACAGCUCUUGGGUGACAGGAAUUCAGAAAAUGAUGGAAUAUGUUAAAAAAAAAGUAGAUCAAUUAACCAGACAGUGUCCAGAUUAUAAAGAACUUACUUUGAAGAAACAACAAUGGACUGCCUUACUUGAAGAUCAUCUACAUAAGGUAUCUCAGUCGAUUAAAAAAAUCACCCUGAUGCUUGCAGUCGGUAUGGAGUUUGGCUUGUAUUUGUCUGAAUCAGAAAGAGUUUUGAACAAACACCUUGAACUGGCUAAACAAACAAAGGAAACUUCACAUGAACUGGAAGCAGCUAAGAGAAUCAUUAAAGAUAUGGAAGAGUUUGAACCUGAACAGGUGGCAGCUUUUUCUAGCAGAACUGACUUUCUGAAUGAAGAACUGAAAAAAAUUGAAAAAAAUAUUAGUUCAAAACUAGAGAUUCUAGAAAUGUAUGUGGCCUUUUUAAAGUCAGCUAUGGAGGUAAAUGAUGAUAUCCAAAAUCUGAAGGAAUUCUAUAAAUCCGAACCACUACAAAAAAACAGGGAGGCUGAAAAUAAAAUUCCAAUGGAGUCAGCUAAUACUCAUUGGCAAAAGGCUAUAAAAAAGAUUUUUUCCACCCAAAGUAUGGGUUGCAAUUUUCUUAAUUUAGUAAAUAUGGUAAAUGAGAGUUUAAUAUUAAAAGUAGAAAAAUCUGUACAAAUAACCGAAGAUAUCAUUAUUAAUCUGAGCAAAGAAAAGAAAGACCUGACCGAUCUUUGGGUAAUCUGGAAUUUUAAAAUUACUGAAGUAAAACCUGUCAAACAACAGUGCCAGAUAUUUAAAGAACAACUAAAAACUACUACUCAUGGAUUAAAGAUCUUUCAAGAGGCACUCCAGCUGACAGCAACAGUUGACCUUGGAAGUGACCUUUUUAUUGUUUUGGAACUACAAAAAAAGCUUAACCAAAUGAAACCACAGUAUCAGCAACUGAAUGCUGAGUUUGAGUACCUGAUAAAAUUACUAGAAUUGCCAAGCCAGAAAGGAUUUCUUGUGAAAGAGAAUUCUGAAAGAAUAAAUGAGCUUACUCAUUUCCAUCAAACGGUAAAGGACACAAUGACAAAAUAUGAUGAGAUUUUCAACAAAACAGUCAAAUUCCAUCACAUUAAAAAAGAACUGGAAUGUCUAUCGAAAUCAGGAGAACUGGAUAUUCCUGAAAUAUGUGAGGACCCUGAAAGUGUGCACUAUGCUAAAGCCUGCCUUGUGAAUGCUCAGAAGAAACAUGCACAUAUCAGACAGCUAUAUAAACUGCUUAUUACCCAGGGAGUGGAUAUCUUGUCUGCAGUGCAGCAACCUAAUUGCUUGAAUGUUUCUGUAAGGAAUCUGAAGCAAGAACUUGCUAGAUUUGAGUUUGAGAGUAUUAACUGGAGCUCCAAAGCUGAUAAGUAUGAGGAAGAACUGUCACAGCAUUUCCAGCAUUGCACCAAUCAAGAGGAAGUAAAUGAGCUCAGAGAAUCAUUUAAGGAUCUCAAAAAGAAAUUCAACAAUUUGAAGUUUAACUAUACAAAGAAAACUGAAAAAGCUCGGAAUUUGAAAGUACUUAAAAUACAGAUUCAGCAAGUUUAUACACAUGUAGAGAAACUACAGAUUCUUAGAAAGAAGAUGGAUAAUUUAGAGAAGAAAGUCAUUGGCUCUGUAGCGAAUGAAACUAAUGCUAAAGUUAGAGUCCUCUUGGGGUCAAUCAGUGACUUAGAAAAACAGCUGAAUGACUUUAACAGAGUUGUGGAGGAUUACAAGCAAAAUCUGGAUCUCAUGGAGCAUCUGCAGCAGAUGAUGGAAGAGUGUCAAUUUUGGUUUGAAGACAUGAGUGCAACAGUUAUUAGAGUUGGCAAGUAUUCUGCAGAAUGCAAAACGAGAGAAGCAAUAGAGAGUCUCUACCAGCAAUUCAACAAGUUUAUUGAGCCUACAAUGCCUCAACAAGAAGAAAAAAUUCAACAGAUUAUAGACCUCGCUAAAUGGUUAUAUGGUAUUGAAGAAGGAAAGAAGUAUGUUGAAAAAGCCAUAUUAAAGUACAAAGAAAUCAUUAAUUCUGUUGACAAGUUGUGUAGAUCUCUGAGAGAACUGAAGGAGAUUAAGAAAGAUGAGUUUUCUGAAGAGUUGGUUACUGUUCAAAAAGAAGAAAGAAAUGGUCAAGAAGCGUGUGAGGCUGUUAUUAAAGACAAAGUAGAGGAACAAAAGCAGCAGGAGAGGAAUAAAUUGGCUGAUAUUCCAAUCAUCUGUCCAGCUGGUGAGGAUCUUGUUUCACAGGAUACAGAGCUGUCAUCUUCAGCCAAAGAGGAUAGUUUACAGGCUGAAUUCCUGGCAGAAGAAAUGCCCUCUGGAGAUGAAUAUGAGUGUAUAUCACCUGAUGAUAUCUCUUUGCCACCGCUUUCUGAGACACCAGAAUCCAACCUCUUGCAUUCUGAAGCAGAGCUAGAAGAGCAGUGCUGUUGUAGUUCUCAUAGCCUGCAUGUCAGUUCCUAUAGCUUGCAAAUGCAGAAAACCACUAGUAAUAAAAAAGUGAUGGAAGCAUCUGAUCUUUUAACAAACUCUGCUUACGCUGAUGCUACAAACAAUAGAAUGAAAAGCCCAUCAGAUCAGUUUGAGAAGUUUUGUAUCUCUUCAACAGAUUCUGGUCCAAAAGUCAGAGCAGUAUCUCCUUUGACUUGUAGCUUACAAGGAAUAUCCGAAGCUAGCACUGCAUCCUGCACUAUAAAUGCCAAACCAGUAUAUAGCAUGACGAGUGAAGUGUGCAAAACACAUUUGCAACACCUUGAACUUCAUAAAAACAUGGCAGAAACACAAGAACAAUUGCAUGACUUGAAUAACUGUACUAAAACCCAGGACAGGCUGCAUGCUUUGCCUGAUACAUUCUCAGGUUUUGUGUUUCAAUCAGACACCACCAGAAGCUGUCAGAGGCAGAUGGUCACCCGAGAAGAGAUUAAAAGUUCAUCAGAAAGGAACAGCAUGGCCAGCCUAACUGGACAGGCGCCUAACUUCUCCCAGCUUCUGUCUAACAAAACGGUCAUGGAAGGUUCUCCAGUAACUUUGGAAGUAGAAGUAACAGGAUUCCCAGAGCCUACACUGACAUGGUACAAGAAGGGAGAGAAACUGACUGCAGAUGAGCACUUAAAGCUUUUACAAAAGGAGACAAAGCAUACUUUGUUCAUUCAGAAGGUGUGUGAUAAAGAUGCUGGCCUCUAUGUUGUUCGGGCUAAAAAUUUGAACGGCACUAUAUCAUCAAGUGCUAUUCUCCACGUGAAAGGUAACAGGCCACCUAUUGCAAGAAUAGACUGGAUAAUGCUGUGUGUCAUCUAUAUUAGCGUAUCACUAAUGUACUGGCUAUUCACUAAAUAUGUACAAUAUUGA